CUUUUUCAAUAUAUUUUCUCAAGUAGUAUAAAUUAUCAAUCUCAUUCAACAGAAACACAUAAAAAAGGCUGCUAAUAUUCGGGCAGAAAGGGACUAAAAAUAAAAAUAAUGAGCCGCGCAACGAGUAUAUUCGAGACGCGCGUCUACGAACCACAAAGCAAAAGGCAACGCGACGCAUUGGCCGGCCAGAAUCGAACGCCAAAGGCCCAAACCAAGUCACAUCAACAGCGGCCGAUUGGAGGCCUGUCUCAAAGCAGCACUGAGCUUGUCAACCCAUUGAUCUUGGCUGGAUUGUCAUCAACAUCCGCGUACCAACUCAUGAACAAUGCGCACAAUGGCGCCAACUCGCCAAUGUACUGCGCACCGUGCAAGAAAAAGUUUUCCAACGAGGCCACGUUCAGCGCACACAAGCAGUCUGAUAAGCACAAGAAGGCAGUCCGCGCGGCAAACCCGACCGGUGGCAGUGCAGAUAAAGAGAAGCAACAGGCGAAACUUCAUCCGGUUGUGCGCGGUGCAUUGGCGAAUAUGAAAAAGGCACAGGCCAUUAUUCAGGACGAUCCGGCCAUUGCCGCGACUGUGUUUUGGAACAUUGCCCAGGAUAUUGCCUCGUAUGGAGAUGACUCUAUUACACGGUCUGCGCUGGAUAACGCUCUCGUUUGCAUGGACGCGAUGGACAAGGAUGUGGGGCGUAGAGGCGCAAAGGGCUCGCCGUCGUUCUGGUCCGCGCGAUCAUUGUUGAAAACAGCCUUGGAUUGCCGGAUGGCCCUGGCGCGCCUAGACUCGACCCUUGACGCCACGCGGGCGGCUGGACACUACAUUGAGGCGCUGUGCCAGUAUCUAGGAAUCACUCUCGGCGAUUUGGAUAUGAUUGCACAGACCCGUGAUCCGCUCGAAAUGAACUCCCGAGCGGAUCAGGUUGCUAGAACCAUCCCGAGAAAGUUUGCAAAAGAUGAGGACAUCGACCAGGCCAUGACAGCAAUGGAGGAGGUUGCUGGCGCCCUGUUUGCGUUCUCCAGCGCCAGUCCCAACGACCCAUUGGCAUGGCGCAGCUUGUCCGCGUAUUUCCUUUUGCACGCUUUUGCGCUGUCAAAGGACAAACAGGAUGCCGCCUAUAUGGCCAUCCAGCGGACCGUCAGCAGCUUCGAUGCCCUUGGGCUGCGCCAUUCGGGCUGCGAGUGUGCUGUGUUGAUUAUAGCCCAUCACAUGAAGCAGAGCAGUGCGCGAAACACAGUGGCCGCAUCGGUUGUGGAUUCCAUAAAGGCCGAUGAUAUAGUUCGGGCGCGCGAUUUGCUGUGGAGAUACAAUUUUGAUUUUGAGGAACCCUGGUCGCGGUACUUGGCAAAGUUUGUCAACAAGGUCAUCGAUGCAGAUGCUCCGUGGAUGAAUUCCAGCGCGUGGUCGGAAUGGCGAGAUGUGGCAGGGUCUAGCGAUUUGCGCAGCACAUCUGUUGAGAAAUUAGUGGAGCUGGCGCUUUGGCAGGAGUUGAGCCCGUACAUGAUAUACACGCCAAACCCCGAAACUUAAUUGGACCAAGCAAUGCCACUUCGCUGUUUUAGAGGCGUGCUAUCACCAUAAUAGAUUUUUUAGCACAAUCAAUCAAA